AAUUAUCUGUGGGUACCUUUGCCACGAAAUGAAUAACUAAAUAGCUACUUGAAUUUCUCCCAUCCGGAGAAUGUACGCGACUCCUGGAUGACUAUAUAAACCUUUCUUUUCAUUUAUCUCAUCGUUUACUUAGCUCAUUCGGUGACAUCGUGAGCGUGUGUCAAAAACUCAAUUUAACUCUUGCCCAUUGGCCGCAUGUAAAUUCGUUUCGUCGAAUCACGAAGAGCAACGUCCGACGUGUCUAUUAGAUUCAUCGAAAAUCGCAUCUUUUUUCGUUACAACGAACUAAAUAGUAAUAUUAACCUGCUUCUUAGCUGCCACGUUAAGAGCUAUUCGAUUUCUCGAUUAUUUUCCCGACAUUCAACUCGUUCACACGACCGACGACCGCUCGCGACUGACGACGCAACGUUCGCUCGCUGAUGGUUGUUCCAGUACUUGGCGUGUGAUUAAUUAAUGAUCACAAGAUGUUGUGUCUCCGUGAUAUUUUUCACUCUAGAUCUACUCUUUUUGCAUGUAUUCUGAUUUCCUUAGCGCACAAUUAUGUAGAUGGAGGUGCAGUGCCGCUUACUUCAAAGACUAUUGAUAUGACAUUAGCCUCCAACGAAUUAGUAUUUAUUAAUUUCUAUGCGGAAUGGUGCAGAUUUAGUAAUAUUUUGGCACCUGUCUUUGACGAGGCUGCUGAUAAAAUACACGCACUUUAUCCAUCCGGAUCGAAAGUCGUGAUGGGCAAAGUAGACUGCGAUGCUGAGUCUUCCGUUGCUGCUCGAUACCACAUUACAAAAUACCCAACACUCAAAAUCAUUAGAAAUGGACAACCAACAAAAAGAGAAUAUAGAGGGCAUCGUUCCGUUGAGGCUUUUGUUGCAUAUGUAAAAAAACUUCUGGAAGAUCCGAUCCAAGAAUUUACAGACUUACAAGCGUUGCCUGUUCUUGAUGACAAAAAACGCAUGAUGAUUGGAUUUUUCGAUACAAAGGAUGUUCCAGAAUAUGAAACAUUCCGCCGUGUCGCCACUAAUCUCAAGGAUGACUGCCAAUUUCAUGUUGGCUUUGGUACCUGCACUGAUGCAAAUUGUGAUAUUGGGCAGUAUAUUAAUUUGCUGAACGCAAGCCAGCCAAUGCGUCCUCCCGGUGAACGACUUGUCGUCUUCAGAUCGGAUAAAGCGUUAUCGAACGACAAGGAUGAAGCGUUCAGAGGGAGUUUACUUAAUUAUGACGAGUUCAAUAUUUGGGCACAGGAAAAAUGUGUCCCACUCGUUCGAGAAAUAACGUUCGAAAAUGCCGAAGAAUUGACAGAGGAAGGUUUGCCCUUCCUUGUCUUGUUCCAUGCCCCUGAUGACCAUGAAAGCGUGAAGGUUUACAAAGACAUCAUUGCGAAUCACUUGAUCGACGAAAAACAGAACAUAAAUUUCUUGACGGCCGAUGGUCACAAAUUUGCUCACCCUCUUCAUCAUUUGGAGAAAAGAUCGACCGAUUUGCCAUUGAUAGCGAUCGACAGUUUCCGGCACAUGUAUCUUUUUCCUAAAUUCGAGGAUAUUCAUAUAGAAGGAAAACUGAAAUCUUUUUUACAAGAUUUGUAUACCGGUAAGCUGCAUAGAGAGUUCCAUCACGGCCCUGACCCUAGCUCGGUGGAAGUGGAAGAUAAAAAUCGUCAAGCAAAAACCCCGACGACACCGCCUGAAUCGACUUUCAAAAAACUUGCUCCGAGUAAAAACAGGUACACGCUCCUCAGAGACGAACUGUAAAGAAAACGAAAAAAUAAGUGUUGCAAUUAAUCGAUUCGUCUUCGACUCUUUAAUUCAGAGGAUUAAUAAAUGUGGACGCUGGUGCCUGAAAUUAGCGAGCCUAUUUUUCCAACCCCCCUAUUUGUCAUCGUUUUAGAUUUUUUUACGAUAAAAAUUGAACGAAAAUCUUCAUUGAAAUCUCUAAUUAACGUGCAUCGUAACGUUUCAUCAACUUCCACAAUUGUAAUAAUGCAAUAUAUAGAUAUAUAUAUGACAUCAUAUAUGCAUUUAUAUUUAUAUAUUGGACUGAGAGAAACUGUUUCUAUUUCACUUUCGUGCAGACUCCAUUUUCUCGUUUUACUAUAAAUAAAAACUUUCAAAAUAUUUUUUAUAAAAAAAAUUAACAUUAUUCAAUCAAAAAUUAGUUCUCUAAUGUCGAAAUAUACGUAGGAAAAUACUGAAAAAUAUUUUCGUACCACGAAUAUGAAAAAAAAAACCUGUGAAAAUUACACAAACUGCUAACAUUUUAACUGGUAGUUCUUUUGAAAUUCGUUUAACAUUCGGGGAAAUGUACCAUUUUUAAUUUUGUUCAUGCGUGGGGAAGGAAAAUUCAGGUGCUGGGAAAUGCAAGAAUGGAAAUUAAUUUCUAGUACAGUCCAGUAUAUAUUUAUAUACAGAUAUAUGAUUAUUUGGCAUUUACGUUAAUUUGAUGUCAUUUUCGACCGAGACGUAAUGCCAGAAUCGUGUAUAUAUACAUACACUUAAAAGAGAUUUCGUACCUGUGUGAUGAACUCAAUGAUUAAAAAGAAAAUUUACAUUUUCCAUUUCGUUCAUUAAAUAAGCACGAUUUUAAUACGGCAAAAAGUUACUUCCAUACUGAUCAACAAUAAAAAAAAGUCGCAUAUGGGAAAAUAAAUUUGUAUUAUUUGCUGAUAAGUUUCUAAAAUAUUUUUAGUCACUCUCAACGUCAUGGUGAAGAUCGUUUUUUGUGUCAAACUUUAAGAUACACUAAAUACAAAAAUAUAUAUUUGACGCUGCUCUUUGAGUUGAAAUAAAUAAAUUUGUUUAUUUGUUGCAUUUACAGAAAGAUUAUUAAUUUGUGACGAACAAUGAAAAUUUCAAGGAGAAAAAUAUAAAAACUUCAUAGGCCCAUUUGUUUUUAUGAAUAAUUUGUAAUGAAUUUAAUGAAAAAAAUUAAUACGAUAUUCACUAAACCAGUUUGAAAAAAAAGUGAAAUAAAAUAUAGUUGAGUUUAUAGUUAUUAAUAAGCUCAGAGUUUUUGAAGAUUUUUAAACGUUUGCUCGAAUUUUUUUAUGACACAAUUAAGGGUCCUUGGAUUUUCUUUUUCUCUACAUAUCUACGAAUUUAAGGAUGAAUUGUACAUAUUUUCGUACCAAUCAUCACUUUCUAGGAGAAUCGCAGCAUUUGACGGUCUGAAAAAAAUUCAAAUUUUGGUCAACGAUCUAUCAAACGAGUUUCUUCGAGAUUUGUCGGUUGUUCAAUUUACUUUCAAAUGUUUUCACAAUUUUAAAUAUAUUUUGUAAUUGGUUUUUUUCUGAAGUGAUUUAUCCCAAGAGCAUAUGCAAUGCUGGAAAUUUUUUUGAACAAACUUUCUGAAAGUUUUCUGGAAUAAAAUUUAAAAAUCAAACAACGAGAAUAUUCUGAAAAAGUGAUAAUCUGUCGGAGCAAUAUUUUUUCUCUCAAUGAAGUGUUUUCAGAAACUUUGUUCCCAAGAAUGAAUGACGUGUACGAUAUUUCCUUGAGAUUUUGAAUCUGAUCGCGAAGCUUUGAAAUUCAAACCCAGAUGAGUCUCUGAUUGAUAGAAAUGUGCAAUUAAUCCUCAGAGAAUCGUGACCUUUCACCACUUAGAAAAUAAAUCUCGCUACAAAGUAAACAAGUCUUGUACAGUCAGUAAGUUGUAUGUAAGAGAGACAAAUUUACAAUUGCAACGCAGAGGCGAUGGAGUGGAAGAUUUUUUAAUGCCUGUAUAGAAAAACUGCGUCGCAAGUUGAUAAGGAAACAGUUGUGAAUUUGCACCAAUCAUUGUAUGAUUUUUUUUUUCACUCUACAUAAAUAAGUUGUUUUCCGGAUGGGAAGAAAGGAUCAUUUAACAUGAAGAUUUUGUAGAAACUCUGAGUACAUGCUCUUGGCUACUUCUUAGCCUAAUCACGUCAAAAAAAAAACGAAGAAAUGAAAUUAAAAAAUCGAAUAAAGGCAAUCAUUCUCUGCUUCAAUCAAAUGUGUACAUUUUGAAAUCACUUACGUGCCUCCCCCACAGCAAAUGUGACUUGUACAUAAAAAUAUGCACACUUCGAUCAGCACGAAAAAAGUGAGAGAAUAAAAUGCUUGAAAUCGUUGAAAAAUCAAGGCAACUUUAUUUUUUGUCUUUUUAUUUCACUAUUGCCUCGAUGGCGUGUGUACGAGUGUGUUGUGUGAUUAUCGUUUGUUUGGUAAUGGGAAAGAAAUCGGUUUUUAUUCUACUUACUAUUUACCUUUGUUCUUCUACUCAUGUAGUAUCAUUUUUUCUUGUUUAAAUUACGUUUUAUUAUCCUGUGAAAAUCAUUCCAUUCUUUAACCACGUGAAGCGAGCCCAGUGGGACUCUUUUUUUUUAGUGACUUUAUAUAACGAGUAUGUUUAAGUUGUACAUGUAUCGAUAACGGUAUUAAUUUCACUGUUAAUAAACACUCUCUAAGUCACGAAA